CGAAAAGUGUAGAAAUAAACAUCGUGUUUUGAAGGAAUUUGCAGACCCUUUUUGCUGUGUCCUUUCUACCUCCGUGUGCGGCAAUAGUAAAGGAUCAUUUACAUACACGCGGAUUUCACACGGCGGAAAAGGUGACUGGCGGUGUUCAUUGACCGUAAAUUAGCAAUUUAUGCAACAGUGAGUUUUGCGAUCCCCGGACCGAUCGAAUCGCUCAGACGCCCGCCUUGAGAAGCAUCGUAGAAAGUAACAGCCCGUGGAUGCGCUUGCACGAGGAUAACCAAGGACGGAAGCUAAGCACCAGCGAGUGGUACGACAAUAUGAGUGACGAUGAUCGGGACAUUGACAUAGAGAGCGAUGAUGGCGAUGAUUCGGAUAAUACAAAAUCUCAGUCCCGUUCCGGCGCUGGCAGUCAAUUUUACUCUCAGGCCGAAAAACGCGCUCAUCAUAAUGCCCUUGAACGGAAACGGCGUGAUCACAUCAAGGACAGUUUCACUGCGCUGCGAGACUCCGUACCAUCGCUGCAGGGCGAAAAGGCCAGCCGUGCGCAGAUACUGAAAAAAGCGGCCGAGUACAUCCAGUUCAUGCGACGAAAGAACAACUCACACCAGCACGAUAUCGACGAUCUCCGGAGACAAAACAAUAAGCUCGAAACGGAAAUUCGCGACUUGGAACUAGCGCGGGCUUCCGGCAAGUACGGUGAUGGAGCUGAUCUGGGCGGUGGGUUCCAGGAUGGAUCACGCGGUUCUGACAGUUCCGAUAUUGACGAGGUACCUAAAAAUAACAACAUCGGGCUAGCAAGAAGAAACAAAAAGAUGAAAACGAAUGCCAACUAUUAAGAGUGGAUGGAUUGCGCCAUCGUUCGAAGUGUUUUAGUGUAACUUUCUUAUGUUUGCCUCUUAUUUCUAGCUAUCCAAACACGUUACAUUGCGUGUGGUGUAGCUUAUAGCAUUUUUAUAAGGCGCAUAUUAUUUUAGGGUCCCGAAACAAUAAUUUUUUUCCGUAUAUUCUUGUGUUCUUUCAUCUUUGAAAUAGAAUUUUCACAAUUGUUUAAAGUGUCAAUGAAGAAAUCAGACAUCAGAUACAUAUGGACCAACUAUCCCAUAUUCAAAUGUUACAGCUAAUUGGCCAAUUUUAACAGCAAAGGGAAAAGAACGUUUUAAGCAUAUUUGUGAAGUAAACUGAAAGAAUUGUACAAAUUGAUUGUUCUAUGUUUAGCAUUAAGUUUUUUUUUCUUUUCAUUUUUUUGAGUUCCAACAUUACAUAAAAUUCAUGUACGCAAACUGUCUUUGCUGUUCAUUGCAUGGGAUCGAAAGAAGACAAAUAAACCAAUAUUUAACAUUUCAAUUAAA